ACAAGUUAUUAGAACUGUGGUGUUUAUUGAUGAUUGUUGCAAUAUGCAGCAGAUAGAGGCAAAAAUGACUGCUAGUGAAAGAAAUCCAGGCAACAAGUUGCAGAAAAGCUACUUCGAUGUAUUGGGUCUUUGCUGUUCAUCAGAGGUUCCUUUGAUCGAGAAGAUUCUGAUGCCACUUCCUGGAGUCAAAGAUGUUACAGUUAUCGUCCCAUCCAAAACAGUCAUUGUUGUUCACGACACUCUCCUCAUCUCCCAGGUUCAGAUUGUUAAGGCACUGAAUCAAGCGAGGUUGGAAGCAAAUGUUAGAGUAUCUGGAAGUGGAGGGGGAAACUAUCAGAAAAAAUGGCCGAGUCCAUUUGCAGUUGCUUGUGGUGUUUUACUAGCGCUAUCAUUUUUAAGAUACGUGUUUCACCCCUUUCAAUGGGUUGCUCUUGGAGCGGUUGCUAUUGGUAUAUAUCCAAUAGUUUUGAGAGCUAUAGCGGCGAUCCGCAAUUUCACACUCGAUAUCAACAUUCUUAUGCUAAUUGCAGUCGCGGGAUCCAUUGUUUUGCAUGAUUAUUGGGAAGCUGGAACUAUCGUCUUUUUGUUUACAAUAGCAGAGUGGCUCGAGUCAAGAGCUAGUCAUGAGGCCAAUGUUGUCAUGUCAUCAUUGGUGAACAUAGUUCCUCAAAGAGCUGUAUUAGCUGAAACUGGAGAAGAAGUUAAUGCUGAUGAAGUGGAGGUGAACACUAUUCUAGCUGUGAAGCCCGGAGACAUUAUACCUCUCGAUGGGAUUGUAGUAGAUGGGAAAUGUGAAGUAGAUGAGAAAACUUUAACUGGGGAAUCAUUUCCAGUGGCCAAGCAAAAGGAUUCCACUGUUUGGGCUGGCACAAUCAACCUAAAUGGUUAUAUUAGUGUUAAAGCUACAACGCUAUCAGAAGAAUGUGUGGUGGCUAAGAUGGCAAAGCUUGUAGAAGAUGCUCAAAGCAACAAAUCCAGAAUUCAAAGAUUGAUAGACAAAUGUGCCAAGUACUACACACCAGCCAUUUUGGCUAUAUCAGCUUGUAUAGCUGUUGUUCCGGCUGCACUAAAAGUACAUAAUCGCAAUCAAUGGUAUCACCUGGCCCUGGUUGUUUUAGUAAGUGGAUGCCCAUGUGCAUUUAUUCUCUCGACACCAGUUGCAACAUUUUGUGCACUUUCAAAGUCAGCAACAUCAGGUGUUCUAAUAAAAGGAGCAGAGUAUCUUGAACUUCUGGCAAAAAUAAAGAUCAUGGCUUUUGACAAGACUGGGACAAUAACUAGAGGAGAAUUCAUGGUGACAGAGUUUCGAUCUCUCUUUGAUGGCGUUAGCAUGAACGCAUUGCUUUAUUGGGUAUCAAGCAUUGAGAGUAAGUCAAGUCAUCCAAUGGCAGCUGCACUUGUUGACUACGGACAUUCAUAUUUUGUUGAGCCAAAGCCUGAUAAAGUCGAGGAAUUUCAAAAUUUCCCUGGUGAAGGAAUUUAUGGGAAAAUUGAUGGUAAAGACAUAUAUAUUGGUAACAAGAAAAUUGCAAUGAGAGCAGGGUGUGCAACAGUUUCAGACUUAGAAGUUGAUGCUGAAGAAGGGAAGUCCAUCGGAUACAUAUUCUUGGAUUCGUCUACUGUUGGAAUUUUUAGUCUCUCUGAUAUUUGUCGAACUGGAGUCAAGGAAGCAAUCCAAGAACUAAAAUUAAUGGGCAUUAAAACUGCUAUGCUUACAGGAGAUUGUCAUGCAGCAGCUAAGCGUGCACAAGAUCAGAUAGGGGGUGCUUUAGACAUGGUACAUGCAGAACUUCUACCAGAAGACAAAGCAAGGAUUGUCAAGGAAUUUCAGAAGGAAGCACCUACAGCCAUGAUUGGUGAUGGCAUGAAUGACGCCCCUGCAUUGGCUACAGCUGAUAUUGGCAUCUCAAUGGGCAUCUCAGGCUCGGCACUUGCGAAGGAGACAGGGCAAGUCAGUCUAAUGUCAAAUGACAUUGGAAAGAUUCCAAAGGUUGUCCGACUUGCAAGAAGGACCCGCAGGAAAGUAAUCGAGAAUAUCAUUUUAUCAAUUGCUACCAAAGCUGCCAUAUUGGGAUUGGCCAUUGCAGGUCACCCACUAGUUUGGGCUGCAGUUCUUGCUGAUGUUGGGACUUGCUUGCUAGUGAUCUUUAACAGCAUGCAACUUCUACAAGGAACUCCAAGAUAUAACAGAAAAUAUUGGAAAUCACAUACUGCGAUACAAGCCGACAAACAUGGAUGCAGAACUACUGGUGGCUGCUCCUCCCUCACCCAUGAUCACCAAUCAUCUGGGAUUGAAACUCAAAAGAAGUGUAAUCCUCCAGAGUGUUGUUUUGUCCCUGUUAGCUUGAUGCCUUGUGCUAGUAAUUUGUGCUCAGAGUCAGAUGACAAGCAUGGUCAUUUACAUGAUAAUCACCUGCAUGAGGCAAAACACUGGGAUCAUGAAAAAUGUGACACGGAAACUGGGGAUCAUGAAAAAUGUGACAUGGAAACUCAGGACGAGGAAUCACACAGUGAACACAAUCAUGUUUGCUCUGCCCAUUCAAACUCUUGUAGGGAGGAUGAAUGCAUAAGCUCAGUUGAAAUUUGUGGUGGCUAUGAAGCAGGUGAUGAGAUCCAGGAAGCAAAAGACAGCAAGCAUCAGGACCCUAGCAAGAUCGAUCAUAUUCUGGGAUCACGGUGUGUUCACAACAGUUCUGCAAAACUAGGCCAAGAUAUGCCCGUAAAUAAUCACUGCCACAUGAACAGUUGUGCAGAAAACAACAUGGUCAAGAUUAGGUGCAGGAAGUCCCCGACAAAUGGCCAUCUUCAUUCUGAUUGCAAUCAGCUACAUAAAACCUUAUCAUCCGCUACUAGCCAUGUGGAAUGUACAUAUGUUAGGGCUUGCAAGAGUUUGAAGAAGAGACGGUUUGUAGCAUGUUGCAGGAGCAUUAGGCAGCAGUGCUGUGGCAGUAGUGGACAUUUUGGUUCUAGUUUCAGAGGAAGUUUACCUGAAAUCGUCAUUGCCUAG